AAUUCCAGGAUCUUGGAUCUGCCCUCCCCGCUUUCCCGAAGCUAUUCGGGCAGUGUCCGGACUUCAUCGGAGAGGGCUAGAAUCCGGCGUCUGCCUCUUCACCCCCAAUAUCUCCCGGCCUGACGCACGCGUGCUGACACGGGAGGGGAGAGGGGAAAUCUCUCGCACAGAGCUCGCGGUCAGGGUACCCGGGAGGAGAUGCACAACCAGGGUCCAGUGUCCGACUGGACGGAGUGCAUUUCCUCCGCAGAGCCGCCCGCAGUGGCCAGGGCCGAGGGUGGCGGUGGCGGAUCAGCUGGACAUUCUUAUUACCAGAAUUCCAAAGGUACUGACAGAAUCAAAGAUGGACACAAAGUGAACUCAUCUAGAGCCAAGCUGCAAGAGUUAUGGAAAAUGCCUCAAACAAUUCACACCCCUAAGUCAAUGACAGAGCCUUUCUCUCUAAAGCAUCCAGACCUCACCUUAGUCCAGAAGCGCUACCUGUGUAGCAUUGCUAAGAUCUAUAAUGCUAACUAUCUGAGGACUUUAAUGAAGAGGCACUACAUGCAUGUGAUCCAGCGCAGCUCCCAAAAGCCAGGUGUCCUCACUCACCACAGGGGCCACCUCAGUUCUCGUUACUCACAGAAGCAGCAUCACCCCUGUACUACAUGGCGACACCAGCUGGAGAGAGAGGACUUGGGGCCUUCUAACAUUGCAGCUGCAUCUGCACCUGAGAUGAUACAACAUUCGCUUUGGCGACCAGUGAGAAACAAAGAAGGUUUAAAAACUGGAUAUGCAUCUAAAACAAGAUGUAAGUCAUCGAAGAUUUUUAGAAAACCAGGCAGACUGUUCAUGCAAUCAGUUUCUACAAAUGAUUCUGAAUCAUACAUGAAUGAAGAAAAAAAGGAAGAAGAUUUACUAAAUAAGUGUAUGCAAUCAAUGUCAAUUGAAGAACAGGGAGAACAUCUGAUGUUAACUUGACAACUUGAGUAUUGAUGAUGUGCCAAAGGUGGGGGAAGGGAUUGUGAAUUGUGUCCUCUCUCUACAUUUAGAGCAGUAUUGUUAUUCAAGUAAUUUUAGUUUGUUCAGAAACUUUUACGACAAUAUAAAAAGUUUGAUGUAGUUUCAUGUACUACUGAUAUUUAUGUAAUAAAAUUUAUGUGUAAUACAUGCUUGUAUUCCUAGAUACAAUUAAAAUUUAUUGUCACCUAAAA